AUGACUGCUUUACACUUGGAACAACGUCUUGGUUGGAUCUCACAGCACGGCAGUUUGCGACACAGCGGAGGCCAGACUGAACUCGAUCUGGGCGCCCGGAUCAGGGUCCCACCGCCGGGCUCCUUGUGGCCGAGCUCAUUGGACAGCGCUGGAGCCAGGGGGCGGAGCGGGUUCCCCUGGAUUCUUGACCGGGCGCGCUUGUCCGCGGAGCCGGGCACUGGGCGCGGGACCGGACCUGCGCGGGCGGCCGCGGAGGCAGGGUCUCCUCGCCCACGGGGUCUGAGGGGGCGAGUGCGGGGCCGGGGCUGGUUGCCGGCAGCGGCCACCGGAGGCAGUCCCGGUUUCCCCCCAGCGGUGGCCGCUCCGAGACGGCAUCUGUCAACGCUCCUCUUGUCCCCUCCUCCCCUGGCCGGGCCGGGCUCCGCUGGCGGCGGCCGAGAGGACGCGGGACCGGCGUGUGGUGAGCCCAUCAGCUGUCAGGCGAGCUGCGGAGCGGCUCGAGGGCUGCGAGAGGCACACAAAGAACACGGUGGGCGGCGGCGGCGAAAAGCGGUGGCAGAUUCGGUGCUGCAACUCCGCUCCGGCUGGGUCCGAGGCCGUGGAGACAAUGCGGCCGGCUCGGCCCCGCGCGUCUCGGAGUGCGGGGCGCCUGCGCUCCCCCGACCCCAACUUGACCGUCUCCCGGCUCGCCCAGCCCCCUCCUCCCGGGGCAGGGGCGCCCCCUCGCUCCGGCGGCCGGAGAAGGAAGUCUGUCCGCGGCCGCCGAGCCCGGCAACUCGCGAGCCGGGAAAAGUUUGCGGCGCCUCAGCGGGGCGGCACGGCUUGGCCCGCCCCUCGCGUCCGCGGUCACCGCGGGUGACUUUCUCGACUCGUCGUCAGCUGGGGCCGCAGCGCGGCCGGCUGUGACUGCGAGGAGGGCCGGAGUCUGUCCGAGGGCUCCGGCACCCGGUGCUGCGGGUAACCUUAUAA